AUGCAUCCGGCCUGGAGGUCUGCGGCACACCUGAUUACCUUUAUCCGGACAGUAGAGCCAUCUAUUGCAGGGAAGGCUGCUGCCAUCGAGGAGCUCACUCGGGUUCAAAUGCCGGUCCUAUACUCGCUGGAGCCGAUCUCUCGAGUAUCCUACCUUAAUCUGGCAACCCCAAGCGAGAAGCAUUUCCAAAAGGUUUACUGGGGAGACCACUACGCUCGACUUGCUGGGAUCAAGCGGAAGGUAGAUAAGGAUGGCUUGUUUAUUGCCAAAUAUGGAGUUGGGAGCGAGGACUGGGAUGAGGAAGGCACAUACAAAGUCCUCCUCCUCCUGGAAGCUCUCGAAGCCCAGCAAAAGCCCGUCCGCUACUACGCCCUGGAUCUGAGUGCAACUGAGCUCGCUACUGCGCUAGCCAGCCUCCCCACCGCGAGGUUCCGCUACGUGCACUGUGCCGCCCUUCACGGCACAUUCGAUGAUGGGCUGCGCUGGCUCUGCGAGACGCCGAACAUCCGUGAUCAGGUGCACCACCUACUGCUGCUUGGCUUGACGCUGGGCAACUACUCUCGGGCGAAUGCGGCAGCCUUCCUGCGGCAACUCACCAACCAAGCCCUUUCCACCCGCCAGGCCGAGAGCUCCAUCCUGGUGACGCUGGACGAUUGUAAGGUCCCUACCCGGGUGCUGCGGGCCUACACAAGCGAGGGAGUGGUGCCCUUUGCCCUAGCCUCGCUGGACUACGCGAAUCGGUUAUUGGUUGGCCAGGGGGAAGGCGAAGAGAAGGGUGCAACGCAGUGGAAUUAUGUCCUUGGGCGCCAUGAGGCGUCUUUGAUCCCCCAGGCAGGCGACGUGUCUCUAGGGCCGCCCUUGGGGGGCAUCACGGUCCGGCGGGAGGAGAAGGUACGUUUUGGAUGUAGUUACAGGUACGAUCGGGAGGAGCUGGAGACGUUGUGGGAAGGGGCGGGGGUCGACACGGUCAAUGCAUGGUCCAGCCCGGGCUGCGAGGUACACUUUUACCAAUUGAAGAUGAGGAACCCGGGCGGGUUGUAG